UGAUACGAUCAGUGAGAGUACAAUGGUGUGGGGCAUCCCUCGGAUCAUGGACGGUAUCCAAGACUAGGUCAUCCACGAGAGUGUUAGGGAAGCUCUGAACUGAGAGUCUCUAAUAAGGUUCGAAUUCUAAUCAGUUAGAUAUUACGUAUUACACUUCGUCGCAGGUGGAGACAAAGCGCGGAUCGAGGCUUCACGCCUAUGAUGGUGGCUUUUCAUUUAUUUAUUGCAUAGCUGGUCAAUACAAUUUUGCUCAUUAGAAUUGAAAUCGCGUACUUCACAUUGAAUCGAGGAAUGUCAUUUCGUGCUCUAGCCGAUUGAAUGGUACGCACUGCGUUCUUCUUCUUGAACCCCUCGCUUACACAAUGUAAUCCGGUUUCAAUCUUCCUGUGGUUUCUGCUCGAACCGUAGCAAUUGUCAUUGCAUGUGCGCACAAUCGAGGUGCUCUGUGAUCUCUUGCGGAAAGCUACACACAUGUCCACUUUAUAGAGAGCCAACUCGUAUCACCAACAUCAUCUUAGUGGAAAAGGUCGUGAAGGUUUCUAAAAGUUUGGAGACAAUUGUGAGGCAAGAAAAAAUGUCCGCACUUACUCCCAGACCAGGAGAUCCUUCAACGUCCUUGCAACGCCUCCAUCAUGUGGAGAAGAAAAUUGUUCAUACUGUGGAGCUUGCUGGCAGAGUAAUGGAAGAGUUGGCCAAAACAGGCGGACCUCGACAAGAAGUUGUCAACGUUCAGUGUCAAGAAUUUAUGCAAGCCGUGAAAGAAAUCCAAACCACUCUGCGUGACGAGAUCAAGAGCAUGUGUGAGUAUCGACCGUAUGAAAACUCUGAUUAUCCUGCCAGGAUAAACUCAGAGAUCAGUGUGAAGAAAUUAGAGUGUGUUAUUGGCCAAAUAGAGGCCAUGCGAGAGGCUGUGGCGCAGUACGAGGCAGUCAAACCUAUGUAGAGUUUCUGUUUGUUUCCCAUUUACCAGAAAGAACAUUGUAUCCACUGUCGGGUUUUUUUCCCAUGACUUUCUGAAACAAGUCUUCAAGCAGGUGGAGUGCCUCAACGAUACUUGUAGCUCCUGAUGCCUCUAUGUCUCUAGUGAGUGGGCCCAUGUUGACUUCCACAAAUGCCUUUGUCCUUGAGCUUUCCUUGGAAAUGUAAACCCCUUAUCACUGCCAUUCAGAUGCUGUAUACAAGUUGUGCAUGGGCUUUACAUCUA